AAGCAAUCCGGCUAGGGUAAAUCCGGUUUCGUUGUCCUAUCGAGUCACACCGGCAUUGCGUGAUUCGCCGGGAAAUUUUGGCGAGAGAAACUCCGAUCGAUUUCACCAAGUUCCGUUUUUUCUUUCUUAAUUCCUAUCUUCGCGCUUGUGUUCGUGAAACGAAAGAGACAACUUUCGAUGGGUCGACCUCCUAGUAAUGGCAGUCCAGCGUUCCGAUUCAACCUCGCCGAGGUAACGGAGAUGGAAGCAGUAUUGAAACAGCAUAACACAGCAAUGCCAGGUCGAGAUACACUUGAAGCUCUUGCUGAUAAGUUUAGUGACACAGUGGAGCGGAAGGGGAAAACUGUUGUGCAGUUCAAACAAAUAUGGAACUGGUUCCAGAACAGGCGAUAUGCUUUAAGAGCAAGUAGAAACAAAGCUCCUGGGAAGCUAAGUGUAUCUUCCAUGCCGCGUGGUCUGGAUCCAACAAACCCGACGAGGAGCGUGCUUCCACCAUCAACCGGUCCUAAACCCACUCAUAUGAUUGGAAAUCUAUCCGGGAUGACACCUGCGCCUCCCGGUGUCAUGAGGAGUGGUUCAGACAAUUCUUACUUGGAAUUUGAAGCCAAAUCUGCCAGGGAUGGUGCAUGGUAUGAUGUGCAAGCUUUCCUAGCUCAUAGAAACUUGGAGAUUGGUGAUCCGGAAGUGCAGGUUCGAUUUGCGGGUUUUGAAGUUGAAGAAGAUGAAUGGAUAAACGUCAAGAGACACGUAAGGCAACGGUCACUCCCAUGUGAAGCAUCAGAAUGUGUUGCAGUUCUUGCUGGAGAUCUCGUGCUUUGCUUCCAGGAAGGGAAAGAUCAAGCUCUUUACUUUGACGCCAUUGUUCUCGAUGCACAAAGAAGGAGGCACGAUGUCAGAGGUUGUCGCUGCAGGUUCUUGGUGCGUUACAGCCACGACCAGUCCGAGCAGGAAAUCGUCCCCUUGAGGAAGAUUUGCAGGCGGCCAGAGACUGAUUACAGGCUACAGCAACUCCACAGUGCUGCCAAUGACUUUGCUAACUCCAAACCCGCUCCAGAUGCGGCUGCAAAAGCUCCUCUUCCACCAUCCACCGCCUCAGCCCCCAUUGUUCCACCUGAUGUGAAAGAUCCGAGCUUGAGCGCCGCUUCAGCUACUUCAGCUCAGCCUAGCUCCAAUGCAGCCACUGUCCCAACUGGUUCUGCUUAGGUCAUCAGCUAUGUCUCCAUUUGGUAACUAUAUUCACAGUCAGUAACUAGAGUCGUAGAGGUUAAACUUGGGAUCAAGAGCUUUUGUAAUGUUACAGAAUCACCAAGUACAUCUGAAACUGUAUCAUGCACCAUUUUAUUUAAUACUUCAUGGAUGAUGGAAUAUUUAUGGUUUGUUCAUCAUU